AUGACAUUUACAGUGACGAAUCAGAGUUUAAUCCGAUUUGAGGGCACCAAGAAGGAGGAUGAAUGGAAGCGGACAUUAAUCCUUUUCAAUGUCGAUAUUUCGGGCGCAGUGUACUGUGACCGUCGAAACGAGAUUACGGCGCCAAGGACUUCGGAUUGCAAUGGGAAGCGACGAACUCCCGGCGGAGGUUUGAGCAAUCCAAUUACGGAGAGUGCGAUGUCAUUUGAGGCACCGAAUAAAUUCUAUGCCCACGGCCAUGGUGAUUUCGAUCAUGAUAACUAUAGGCGACGUCCCCCUGACCGACGAGUAGAUAACUCUGCCCACUGCGGCGGUCGUCGUCACUUUCAUUAUAGAACAAUUAAGCCAGGACGCGGUCGUUUCGAAGCAGGCAUAGUUUCACCAUCCCCGUCGGCCGAAUCUACGGGUUAUUAUGACAAUGCCAGGAGGUAUAACCAUAAUCCCGACUACGACCCUGAAAAAGCAUACGAUAAUUAUUAUCAAAACGAAUUAUAUGAUGCCGAGGAAUAUGAGCCCAGCAAUAGAAUUGCUUUAUCUACCGAUUUUCCUGAUGAAAUGGAAGGUUCCAGAUAUAAGUCUGAUAAAUAUUCUGAUUCCAGAUAUGAAAGUCCCUACGAUUUCUAUUCGAAUGAGCCAAGGCCAAGACGAAGAUAUUAUAAAGUUUCUGGCUCAUCGCAACCACAUGGAAGAUAUUAUCGUUGCCUGGAAGAACCUCCUCAAAAUUACUAUAGAGAAACUAUGCCACGACAAAAGUCUUAUAGACCCAACCGAAAUUACGAGUACAGACAAGCUUCAGGGUCUAUGCCACCCGAUUAUGCUUUAAAUUAUUAUCCUCGUGACUACAAUGAAUAUGAAAAUAAUAAUGAAUUUGACGGAGACCAUAGGCCAACUAAAAAUUACGAAGAAUAUUACGAGGAGCAAGCACCUGAAAAUUAUAAAAAUCAAUAUGAAGAAUAUCCCAACUACGAUCACCCAGAAUAUGAGAAACAAACACGAAAGAUUCCACCUCCGGUUCCCUUUCCAAAACCUAAAAAUUACAAAAAUUAUGUUAGGUCAUCUAUGAACAAGGAUAUAACUGAUCCGUCAAGUUAUCCAACAAAGAUUUACAAGUCACAAAGAGAGCCUAAAAUAAAAGAAAAGAAUGUUUCGCCUUAUAAGGAACCCGAAACUCGGCCAGAAAAAAUAAAUAGAAAUUCGCGAUUUUACCAGGCAGAGAAAAUUCCACCCAGGAAAAGUUGCAACCACAUCAAGGAGACUAGAGAUGUUCCGAUGAAAUACAAUAAAAUAUCAAAAGAUAUAUACCGAAUUCCUUCUCCCAAGAAAUAUAAGCACCAAGAGGAACCCAAAGUUUAUACCAAUGCAGAGCAGUCUACCCCAAGGAAUUAUAGAACAUUCUUUAAGGAAGAAGAACCUCACAAAAAUUAUCACAAGGGCAAUGGUGAAACGCGAAGACCUUUAGAAAAAUUAAGAACAGAACCUGCUGAAUUUAUAGAUAAAUCUUUACGGGCUUAUGAUAAUCUCAAAUAUAUAGAUAAAUCUUGGCCAGAUUAUGAUAGUCUCGGAACUCGCAGAUAUCGUAAAACUUUGAAGGGUCAAAAGAAAUCUGUAGAGUUUGAAAGAUUUAAGGACUUAAACGAUGGCUCAGAUAUUCCGUAUAAAGUUCAUGAAAACACCAAAUCCCCAUCGUCAAUAUUCUUUACUAUCGAGAUACCCUAUAAAAAGAAAGAACGGAGGUAUUCCUAUCCCAAGAGGAGUGACUAUAUACCAACAAGAUCGGAUUCGGGAUGCGAUACGUUGGCUCGUAAUUUUAGCCCUGCCUUUAAGCAAUUUAAAGCAAAAGCAUCACUCUAUGAUAUUGGCAGAGAACGAAAACGAAAAACACUGAAGCAAAAAAUAUCCGGGUUUUUUAAAAGGUCAAAACUUCGCUUAACGAGAUCCAAAGUUUUUAGAAACAAAUCAAAAGUUUUGAAAAAUGGUAAGCCAGUACAACGUCAUCUAAAUUGUGAUCACAUGGAAUUUAGAAAGAAUGGAUCACCCGACUGUAGCUUGGACUCUCCCAAAACAAGUAACCAAUCCUUGGGGCAACAAAAAAUCAAGAAUCCGCACUUGGAAAAUGAAUCCCAAAGGUGUGGUACAAAGAUUGGCAAGGCAUGCCAUUAUCCCACUGUUUACAGGGGCAACAGCAAUCAGUUACCUGAAAAUGAUAAUGAUGUAUACCAUCGGUACUCGAUGUUCAAUAUUUUGAGUUCAACUAACCAACGUUCGAAGGUAAAUAGCGAUGAUAAUACCCACUUCGAUCUGGGAUUAAGUAAACGAACCUGUCAAUAUUUCAGGCCCAAAUCUGACCUAAAGAGUUCCUACAAAGUAUACAAACGCGUGUCCAGCGGGAAUUGCAGCCUGUACAGUGGAGAUAAAGGAAGUGAAAUAAAUGUUUGCCUCACAAUUCGGGCAACAGAUGUGAGCUUGACAGGCAUUCCCAGGAUUGUAUCAUCCAAAGUCGUAAGGAGCAAUGGGUUGUCCUGGCAAAGCAAUACCCACAUCAGCAAGGAGGAUGUCAAAAUAAGCGUAAUAAGACCAGAUACUCGUUCAUUGCCAAGGCAGGAAAGUGGUAGCACAGUAUGUGGAAGUGAUUCAAGCGCUAGUCAGAAAAACAAAUUUACAAAUGUUCGAUCUCCAACGGACUCCGCUCGUAACAGUUGCUCCUCCACAGCUUCAACAAACAGUUCAAGGAGCAGUUUUUGUCUAAAGGAUCUCUGCAAUAGGAAAAGUAUUGAAGCCCUUUCAAAGCUACCAGAGGUGAUUAGAGAAAUACCUUCCCAGAACCUUUGCCCACGCCAUCGCAUCAGCUCCAAAUGGAGCUUGUCUCGUCAGUCGAAGAUUUCCAACACUCAACCAGGAUCCGGAAAUAGUAAGACUCCCGAUAAACUAGAAAACAAUUGUGCUAGACCUUCUCGACCUGGCUUGUGCCAAGCGAAUGCUAUUGAACUGUGUUCCAGACCCCCGACCAUGGUGCAAAGCGACGUAAAGAAGCGAUCAAGCCUUAAAGCCGUAAAUAACAGCCUCGGAAGGCUGUCGCCACCCAAAAAGGUGUUCCUGAAAACAAACAGCUCUAACAGUUUAGUUAGCGGGUCUAGCUGUAGCAAUAAAUCGGUUUGCUCAGGGAAAAAACCAGAUACACACCAUACUGAUCGUAAUAAAUGCCACCGAUCGCAGAGUCACAAUUUUCAAUUUGACGAAGAUAGAACAGUAAAACUCUCUCCAAGAAAAACUAAGAGUUGGCCGAGACAAAGUUCUAGAAGCAUUCCAGCAAUUCCAAUCCGAAAAACUCAAUUCUCAAAGUCGGAAUUAAUGCCCAAGACCACAAGUAAAAGUUCCGAGUCUACGAUUAGUAAAUGCUCCGGCAUUUCCUCGCAAAAGGACAAUACGAGCGAUAUUAACCGAAACCCGAAAAACAUGCAGAUGGUUUGUUAUCCUGAUCCUGAUCCACAAUGCUCAUGUGAUCCGCAGAGUGAAUAUGCCAGCAGUUUCACAGCAAUGCCAAAUCCGGAUAUAACAGAGUCCACUAUCCGAGGGGAUCUGUGUUGCCCAAAGUUGAUAAGUAACAGCUGGGAUGGGGAGUCCAUGCACCGGAGGAGCAUAGUGGAGGAACUGAAACGAGAGCUGUUGCAAAGCUUUAGAGCCGAACAGCAAAUGGAGCCCCAGGCCCCGUUUCUUCGACCCACUCCGCACAUCAUGAUAUUUCCCUGUGUUCCUGAAACCAUGUGCCAGCCCAGCUCUGAUCUCAGUUCAAAUCUUUUCCGUAGACCGGAGUCUGUAGUUUGCUGGGCACCUUGCUCUAGGGCACAGCCACCUUUCUGAUGAAUGCUGGACUGUGUCUUAAAGCUGAGACUCAGCAUAUUUACAGUAAGUUGUAGUACUAAUUGU